AUGUCGCCCUCAGAGGUUGCUGUGCCCGAGAACCCUGAUAUUCCCAAGGAUCCAGACGACGAACUCGGGAAGAUUUGGAAAGUCGUUGAAGACCGAGUGCGCAGUAUGGCCGAGACAACAGGCGUAAAAGUCCCAAGGGGGGACCUGGCAGUCAAGAAUGUCACGGAUCUAUUGGCUGCUCAAGCUCAGAGGUCUGUUGAUGGCUCAGGAAGGUUUCAGGAGGUCCAGCAGACCUUUGACAAGACAUUGACUUGCAUCCGGACUCUCGGGGACAUCGUGAUUGGGCCUAUAUCACAGGUUUUCGGCGGGCCUGCAAACACUUGCUUCAACGCGUUGACGUUUGUCAUUCUUGCUUAUCAAGGCUAUAAGGGCAUGUUUGAGGCUCUGGCCCAGCUUUUGCAAGGGUUCAUUGAGUCGCUUGGCAGGCUUGAUGAUAUCAAGAAAUUGAAUCCCACGCCAAAGCUGAGGCUUAUUGCUUGCCAGCAGUUGAUGCUGUUUGUCAACGUCUGCGACCUCACACUCAAGUUGCGUCAGAAAGUGCGCUUCAAAGCGCGCGCUUUCUUCAACUCGACCUUCCUAAACAAUGACGAGGUGAAGAACCUUAUAGAAGAAGCGAAGAAGCUCAACAAGAAGGAAUUCCGGCAAAUCCAGAUGGACAUCUUGGAAAGGCUGGAUCGGGUUGAUAGGAAUGUCAAUGGCUUUAUGUUUGACUGGAAGACUGGGACUGAUGAGAAGAAGUGGAAAUCUACCGUGAUAGACGAGCUUGGGUGGCCGAAUGGCUCUGUGCUACAGAGUACGGAGGGCAAGAUCCCAAUCUUUUUCUGGAAGGAGCGUUUAUUGAAACACUUGGCAAGGUCGUCCCAUGAUGACGGUCGCUGGCUUUGGAACCACGAACGCUUCCAUAAUUGGGCACGGGGGGAGAGUCAUCAUAUGCCUGUCUUGGGGCUCGAGGGAGACGAAGGCACAGGAAAGACGCAUCUGGCAUCGAAGAUCAUCGAACAUCUGAAUCAGUUGGGCAAAGGGUCUUAUGUGGCAUACUACUUCGUGGAGGACAGCCGGAAGACCGAGUCAAACGCAGAAAGGGAUACCGAGCCUGUUAUCAUACGAAGCCUUCUCUGGCAAUUCGCCGACUCUUGCCGGCCCUUUCUCAAAUCAACCGCAGCAGUUUGCGAAACGAAACGGCUGAUGGUGAGAUACGACGACAUGUGGAAUCUUCUGAUCUCAAAUGUGGCUUCUGGCAAGACGGAAGCCAGAUUCUUCAUCGUCAUUGAUGGACUGGCAACUGCACAUACCAAGUUUGCCAAAUCUCUUUUGGAUGCGGUCGAGAGUCAAGUCAAAGCCUGUCAACGAAUCCGUAUUCUAAUUACGGGCGUGCCGGCAUUCUUCAGUGACCUGGAAGAAACACAUGAACUCGGGAUUGAAGUUAUCAGGUUGAGGGAUGAGAACCGCUCAGACAUCGACAAUUUUAUCGACGAUCGUAUGAACCGGAUGCCGGAAUUGACGAAUCGAUCCAAUGUACGGGCCGCACGAAUGAGAAGAAGGAUAAGCAACAAGUUGGUAGGGUCGGCAAGAGGAGACUACCGCAAUAUGGCCCAUGUAUUGGACAAGAUUAAGAAGAAGCCCCUGGAUCAAGACUGGGUUGAGAACUGUCUCACAGGCGCCAGCAGUACAGCAGCUAGCAAAAUAUCCGGAAUGGUCCAAUCCAUCGACACGCAGAGUCCUCACAACAUAUUCGAUAUCAACGAGAUGAUUCUUUGGGUCAUCGAUGGACGGACAUGGUUGAAUCUGCGUCAGAUGGCGGCAGCAUUAUCACUCGCGCAUGCCGCAGAGAGCAAGUCGCAGCAGGACAAUGAGCGGAAUAUGACAGCCCGAAAACUCAAGUCCAGAAUUGAGGGCGGCACUUAUUCGCUCUUCGAGCGCGAUGAGGAUAAAGAAAUCAAAUUCAAAGGCGGCCUGAGCAUUGAAGAGGCCAAACAGGGCAUUCCACACAAGAGAUCAAACCCUGGCGUCGCCCGCGGUGGCAUCACUACAGAUUCGAUGGCCAUACAGCUAGCUGAGGUGAAUCUGGUGAAACAUUACCUGCAGACUGUCUGUCCUAAGAGUCUUUAUGACAAGUUCGGUUUCACGGAAUUCUUCGAACAGAAGCUCAGCAGCGAGGCAAGUUAUACUUGUCAAGACCCGGCAAAUGCAGAACUUGUUCUUUCUCUUCGCUGUCUCAUGUGUCUCGUGGAUGAGCGGAAACCCGAAACCAGGGCGCUUUACAGCUACGCAGCAGAAAAUCUCCACGAACACUUAUGCUCAGCUAUUACUGAGCCCGGCGACACCCAUGACGAGCGGUCUUCCCCGGAUGAUGAAUACGGCGCUACAGACAAAUCUGAUUCGUCAGAUGACGAGAUGCAUUCUCCUUAUCGAUCCCAGAGAGACCCUUUUCUUCAAGCUCAAGUGGCGGGCUAUCUUGCAAGACUAUUUCUCGAAGACUACGCCAUGGACUCGUUGUUUGGAUUUUGUUACCCCGUCAGUGAUGACAGAAGGAGUGUCCUCGAGCUGAAAGAACUUCCGGCCAGCUGGAGUGCCUGGAUCAUGGAUGACAAGGCACUUAAUCUUCUGAAGACGUCGCUUUUCCGGGAUACUGAUGUUCUACGACACACCGGUGAGAGCGGCUUGGUGAAGUCUUUGACAGCGCCAAACCACGUCAUUGAGAAGCAACCUUUCGAGCUACUGAAGUUUGCUGUGAAGAGGGCAGUCACGCACCUCUUAAACCCAGGUGCGACAACCUACGAGAUCGAAACGUCAUUCGCAUUUCUUCUCGUUGCUGAGGCAAGGUCAAACGCUGAAGACAAAGUCAUCGACGAAGACAAUAUAUGGACGCCCACAGUUGAGCAGGUGAAAGCUGUGGAGGUUUGGGCGUUGAGAACGUCAGCAAGCGAUCCUACCUCGGUUUGGACAGCACAUGUUGCCGCCGUACUUCUCAAUCUCAACAAGAAUGGACACAAAGACAUUCCUCUCAGAUAUGUUGAGAAUCUAGCGCGUGAAGCAUUGAACAAGGACCCAUCCAACUGGAAGGCAUCUUACGUCCUGGCUCGAGCUAUUGAGAGGGACGAAGAUGCUGCCGAGCUUCUUGAGGGUAUCAUCAUCAGCUACAUGUCUGGCGAGGAAUGCCCCGGCCUUUCUCGAGACAAAAGGCUUCUGGCGGAAUUGUACCUUGAGCAAGGCGACAGACUUUGGAACAUGGGCGGUCAAGAGAAUCAAGUCAAAGCUGCCGAAGCGUACAGUAAAAGUGUUGAGAAAGACGGCACGCAUCACACACGAUACGUCAGCAUAGUAAAGCGAUACGCAGAAUCGAAGAUGUGGAGACAUAUUGCUUCUCUGAUGAAGCAGCUUGUCGCGGGCUUUCCCCAGAGGCACGGGAAUGCUAUUGGGAAGAUCAUGUGGGAGGGAAUCUAUUCCGAUCCUUUCAUGAUCGCCCUCGUGCGGACUGCAGACGCCCUAGACGAAUGGGAUCUGUUGAGAGCCAUCUAUGAGCAGGGUGAGAAGGGAAAUUCCUCGUUCUGGGUCACUUUUGAGCUGCGAUCCAGUUACGGCAUUUCCCUUUCAAGGUCUCCGAAGCAUCAGGAUGAAGCGCUCGCAGUGUUUGAGGAACUCAUGGAUAGAAAGAUUGAACCCGGAUUUGAGUACUUCGAGCGCAUGAUGCAAAACCAAGUACUGCGGUACAUCAUGCCAAUGUACACAGCGCGAGUCGCGGCGUCGAAAAUGACGAAGACGGAGCCGCCCGAGUUCGAAGAAAGAGUUGACCGGCUGCACAAGGAUUUCAUGAAAUCUUACGAGAAGAGCGAUUCCAUGCCGCUGACCGUACUCUAUUUCUCAAGAUACUACCUUGCCCGUGGAAAAUCUCAGAAAGCAAAGGAAGUAGCAAGGGAUCUGGUAUCACAGUCUCUUGAGAUGAUGCUGAAUGACGACUCAAGCGACGACUAUCAGUGCUUCUGGCAAUUACAGGCACUUUUCUGGACCUUCAAAGACAUUGACAACGCCAUCGCAGCAGUGACUAUGCUUGCAGCGGUGGAAUACACGGAACAUGUGAGGAAUAAGGAACAAUGGGAAGAGCAAAUGAUCGAGUGGAGGCGCCGCAAUGAAUCGAACAAAAACAAUAGCAAUGGACACGGAGCGAACACCACACAUAGUCAAGACGACUCCCCCGAUGCACGGGCAGCACCACCUCCCUCAGUAUCCGGUAUCGAAUUGGCGCCAGAAGAACACGACGAUGAUGGCCAGGAAUCAGGGAAGCCUAAAGAGCCCAUAUACGGCAUGAAAAUACUUUGUGACGGCUGUGACAAGGAGUUUGAUAAUCCAAACGGUAUGUGGACGUGCAUAGAUGAGUGCGGUCAAGUCCAAUUCGACGAGGAAUGCCUCAAGAAACUGCAAGAGGGCACCCUAGGAAAUUUCGUUUGCAGCAAAGACCACCUCUUUGAGAAAUUUCCGGAACAAAAAUUCAGGGUCAAGGAAUUGUCCAAGGACGAGGUCCGAAUUAAAGGAAACAUCCUUUCACUGAAAGCUUGGGGGAAAAUUAUAGAACAGCAGUAUGCAACGAAAGCAAACAAGGUGUAG